AUGUGUUUCGCGUGCAUCACCCUCACGAUCACCUUACGAGAUCAAUACUGGACCCUCUGCAGCGAUGCUGCCUACCUCUUCUUCAAGCCGGAUUCUCAUGCCCUCCCUCCUCUAAUAGCUCAGGCCGUCUCCAUCCUUUCUCUUCCCCAAACCACUCCAAAGCGACCCUGGACCAACCAAAGCUCGCAUCACUGCAUCCCUGUGUCCAAUGCCUACAUCCUACCGCUGCUGCCACCAGGCCCAAGAGAAAGGGGGAAGGGGAUGGCUAAAGGAGAUAAAGCCAAGGGGCAGAACAAGCCACAGAGGAGACCAGCAAGGUCAUCUGCUAAACCCGCUCCUCCAGAGCCAGAGCCCAAGCCCAACAAGGUGACCGCACAGAAGGGAACGAAGGUCCCCAAAGAAAAGGGCAAAGCUGAUGCUGGUAAGGAUGGGACCAACCCUGCAAAAAAAGGAGAUGCCAAGACAGACCAGGCAGAGAAAGCUGAAGGUGCUGGAGAUGCCAAGACAGACCAGGCAGAGAAAGCUGAAGGUGCUGGAGAUGCCAAGCGAAGUGUGUGCAUUUUUGAUAACUGUGUACUUCCGGUGACUGUACAGUUUGAAAUACUAUUUUUUAUCAAGUUUUAUGAGAAAAAAAAAAAAAGACCUCUCUAUGCCUCCAUCCGGCCUAUUCUUCCCUCUCAGCCGUCCAGGAAGCUGCUCUUCAUCCCCAUGAAGUCCCUUCACGGGCCAAGGCUACUCUCACCACUUGACCUGGCCUUCUGGCUAUUAGUCAAUGCUUUAAUUCAAGUCCUGUUCACACCUAAGAACCACUCUGGGAGCAGGAAGAGUGCGGAGACCGCAGUCGAGAUGGAAAGAGCAGAGACAGAGAAACAAAUAAGGAUAUUAUUAGUGGAGGCAAGAGCUGAUCAUGAGUUAGAUGAGGUCAGUAGGGCAGAUAAGAAAAAUGGCUGGCUCUCUUCUCUUCUCCGCCAUCCUCUGUGCGACUGA